AUGUCGCCCAAAUCAUCACCGUCAUCAGCUUGCUUCCUCACUCUGUUCCUGGUUCUAACCGGCUCCGCCGGUUUCGGGCGGUCGGAGAGGCUGCAGCCGGAAGUGGCGGCGGGUUGCUGGAAGGAAAUCUACCAGAUCCCCAACUGCCUCUUCAGUAUCAUCGACGCUUUCAUCUCCAUCGGCGGGUCCAUCGAGGUCGGCGUCGGGGUCGGAGUCCCCUGCUGCGCGGCGUUUUUGUCGCUAACGGGAGACUGCCAGGUCGAGAUUUUCCAGAACAGCUCCGUAAUUACCCUGAUCGAGGUUUUCUGCGAGGCAAUCGUCGGUUCUGCGCCGCCGGAGGACGGCGGGGACUUGCCGUGGCCGGAGCCAGAGCCUCCCGUGGCCCCUGCCCCUGAAAACGGCGGCGGAGACAUGCCGUGGCCGGAGCCGGAGCCUGCGGUGGCGCCUGCCCCUGAAAACGCCGGCGGAGACAUGCCGUGGCCGGAACCAGAGCCUGCCGUGGCCCCUGCCCCUGAGAACGGCUGCGGUGACAUGCCGUGGCCGGAGCCGGAGCCGGAGCCUCCUGUGUCUGCGCCCGCCCCUGAGGAUUUGGGUUCCACUUUCCCCUGGCCGACGGCUCGUCUGGUUUAG